AAAACAAACUCUAAAAGACACAAAACAGCAGCUGAUGGAGUCCGUACAUUUAUCCAUGUCUCAGGUAAAGUGCAACUACAAUCAGACAAUCUAAAAGAACACACACACACGCACACACACACACACACACACACACACACACACACACACACACACACACACACACACACACACACACACACACAAUUCAGCCACUGAUAAAAAAGACUCAAAAUCGAUGGUCCAACACCAUGAACAGGCCUUAUUUCCUCUGUCCAGACCAUGUGGCAGCGAGCAGGUAGACGGGUGUCUUAAAUAGGAGGGUAGGGACAAAGGGGGAGGAGUUCACAGCAUGUCCUACCUGCUACUUUAGCAUUAGCAUUACCGUAAGUUCAGCUUUAUCAAGAAUAAAACUCUGUGGGAACUAAGUGUUAUUUAUGACUUCAGUCUACUGCUUUUGGAGUGAAAUACAAACUAUUUCAAACAUUAAUAGGAUAUAAUAACUUCAAUAAUAAUAAUAAUAAUAAUAAUAACUUUAUUUUUACAGCACUUUUUAAAACAGAAGUUUACAAAGUGCUGUGACAUAAAGUCUUAAAGCACAUGGAAAAAGACAAAUAUUAACAAAAAGCUCAUUUUAAACGGAUUUGAUUUUCAUGUCAUUAGGAAAUCCAGACGAUACAAGAACCAUGCAACAUAAAAAGAGACCAUGAGGAGUGAAGAAAAAAGAAAAGGAGGGUUAAAGGUGGUGCUGUUCUGAGCAUUAUUGUGGCUAUAAGGUGGUGUUUUGUUUAUGGCUCCUCAGAUGUUAUGAUGUGUUUGACCCUAAAUUAAUUUUAUGCCGGAAUCUCCCUUUAAGAGGAUGAAACAAAAGCUACAAAGACAGUAAAGCUGAAAUAAGAUGGAGGUCAAAGAGAUAAGAGACGACAGAUAAAAGAUAAAAGACGGUAUGAGACCAAAGACAGGUUUUCCCUUCAUAACAGAAGUGCACCUCUACUCUGAUCAUUACUGCAGAUGAAUCAGAAUACCCGCUGCGCUCUUAGCCCUGUCAUUACGGUAAGUGAAAGCCGCAGUCAUUCACUGCUGUUUUCUUCUCCCUGAUCUCUGCAGCAGCAGCAGCAGCGCCGCUCCACUCUCUGCUCGGACGCAUUUCCCCGGAUAAUCUGGUGCCAAAGUGACUCAGUGUCCCGGUCUGACAGGUACCAGGUCGGCUGUGAGGUUCUCACUUAAUUCCGAGGCUCAGAAGAAACAUUUGGACUGUGCGCUUCGCUGCUCUGAUCUCUUGGCUGGAAAUAGAUGCUGCGUAAAAGUGGAUGUUGCGACAGGACUCCUCCUGAGCUUCCGAGAAUAGAGACACCUCUGUGAACGCUGCGCUGUCUUCAUCGACCUUUACUCCUCUGCGUUUGUUUGUUACAGAGGAUUUUGUAUUUCUGCUGCAGUUUUAGGCCCUAAAGAAUCCCCGUUAUCUAACUGCGACCCUCAGCUCUGCCCUAAAAAUCAAUCAUCUGCUGAGACCAGGAGCAGGACUCUGACUCCAGGAGGAACCAGCAGAUCUUCAACGGAAUUACCUGCAGAGUUGAACACAUCCAAGUCUGGGUUCAUGCCGGAUUUCGAGCAUUUCAGAUUUUCCUACUCAAGUAUGAAUCCGGUUCUGGGGGAGAGCGGUUUCCUGGCCCCGCAGCAGCACCACCAGAUGCCAGGUCAGACCGACUCCGCCAUUCCGGAGCCUGGCUACUUCCUGGGGGACCAUGGUGGGUUCGGGCCAGAUGGGUUGUCUGGGUUGGAUCUGGGCUCCCUCCCCCCGUCGGGCCUUGCCUACCUGCACCUGAACGCCCCUUUGCACCGCGUGCCUCCUGCGGCCACGGCGCUGCGUAACGACCUGGGGUCCAACAUCAGUGUCCUGAAGACCCUGAACCUGCGCUUCCGCUGCUUUCUGGCCAAAGUCCACGAGCUGGAGCGCAGGAACAAGGUUCUGGAGAAGCAGCUGCAGCAGGCUCUGGAGGAGAACCGCGGCGGGGGGGACGGACACCAGAGACCGCAGACCAAAGAGAUGGGGGUUCAAACUGGAUUUAUCGGGCCGAUCCCACCCAGACCGGGCCUCAUCCCACUCCACAACGCCAACAACUCGGCCUACCUGCCCGGAGGCCUCCUCUCUCCCACCCUGAACCCCCCUCCCCUCUUCGACAACAAGUACCUGAACCCCAUCACGGACUCCAACUCCAACCUCACCACUUUAGGUUUUCCCAUCAGCCCGGUACUGAGUCCCACGGACCCGACCAGAACCAUCACCAACAUCAACGAGAAGUUCACCUCCAACACCGGGACCAACACCAACGCCCCGCCGCCUCCCCCGCGCUUCCUCCCCGGGACGAUCUGGUCCUUCAACCACACCCGCAGGUUCGGCACAGGGAGGGAGUCCUGCGUCACGGGUCCAGGCGUCUCCUGGACGCACCCAGAUGGGGUCGGGGUCCAGAUCGACACCAUCACACCUGAGAUCAGAGCGCUGUACAACGUGCUGGCGAAG